AUGCCCAAACUCCCUGACAGCCCUCAGUUCAACCUUAGCCCGCAGAAUCGUCCGGUACCUGGCGACGACGAGGACGAGGACGAGGACGACGUGCUGUUCAUUCCUAUCAGCGAUGAUGAAAGCGAGGUCCCAGAAACCACCCAAGCCAGCACCGCCAACGAGCAGGAAGAAGACGACUUCAUCAUCGUUCCCCGCGACUGCCCUCCACCACCUCGCAGCACAACACCCACAAGCCGCAACAGUCAAGGCACACCAUCCCCUCCGCAGCCGGAAGUCCAGGAGGAAGUCUCAUCACCUUCCAACCGAGAAGAAGAGGACAGAGGACAGCCGAGCUCACGACGGGGUCUUUACUCUACGCCCGCGGCGACGACGUCCAUACCCUACGCUGUUGUCGGUCUCUGGCGACAGCGGCGAGGAGGUUGA